ACCCUCUGCGGCCUCCUGGGGGUGGAUCUCCAGGGACCCCCCCCACUCCUGCCUUGUAGCUUCAUUUUCGAGGUGUCAGGUUUAGGCUCGCUUAGGACUUGAGGACCACCUGUCUCUGGGGUCGGAGUGGUGGUGAUGGAGGGUACCCGAGAGAGCACCCCAGAAUCCGGGUCCUUGGCUCGCGUUUCCGAAGAGCUUACAGGCUCGGCCAGGAGUCCAAAUGGGUCGCCACCCCAAGAAUUGGAAGAUUGCUCCCGGUCCCCAGAUUCAGCCCCUAAGAAACUCUGUGGCUAUUUAAGUAAGUUUGGAGGCAAAGGACCCAUCCGGGGCUGGAAAUCCCGCUGGUUCUUCUACGAUGAGAGAAAAUGUCACUUGUACUAUUCGCGGACCGCGCAGGAUGUCAACCCCCUGGACAGCAUCGACCUCUCCAGUGCGGUCUUUAAUUGCAAAGCUGAUGCGGAGGAGGGGACGUUCGAAAUCAAGACCCCAAACCGGAUCAUCACAUUGAAGGCCGCCACCAAGCAAGUGAUGCUGUAUUGGCUGCAGCAGCUGCAGAUGAAGCGCUGGGAGUUCCACCACAGCCCGCCUGCACCUCCCACCCGAGAUGCUGCCCUACGCCUCCAGCUAGAAAAAGAGGAGGCUGAGCUGGAGGAGUUCCUGUGCCCUGUGAAGACACCAACUGGGAUGGUGGGCAUGGAUGCUGCCUUCCAGCCUGUGCCCGCCCUUCCCUCCACCCUGCAGAACAUUUCCCUUAAGCACCUGGGAACUGAGAUACAAAACACUGUGUAUAAUUUCCGGGGCAACAGACAGGCCCAAGGAACCAGCUACGAACUUCCAGGAGAAGAGACUCCCCCAAAUGUAGAACCUCAGAAGGAGCAGCAGCCUUUGCCCCCUGACCCUGGCGCCCCAGGAAAAGAACCAACAGAUUCUCCAAAGUCUUCCCCCAAGUCCUCACUGACUGCCAACCUCAAACUGAAAGCCAAACGCCAGAACAACACCUUCCCCUUCUUUCCGGAAGGCCUCCCACGAAGCCGGACUGCCCCGGAGAAAGUCUUGGCACUGGAGCAGCAGGUGAUGGUGCUGACCAAGGAGUUAGAAGCCCAGAAGGAGCUGGUGAGGAUCCUACACAAAGCACUGGAGGCAGCCCAGCAGGAGAAGAGGGUGGUCAGUGCCUACCUGGCUGCGCCUGAGGACCAGGACCGACUGGAACUGGUGCGACACAAAGUGCGGCAGAUCAUGGAGCUGGGCCAAAGGGUGGAAACACUGGAGCAGGAACGGGCAGACCUGGUGCAUGCCACAAGCCUGCGUGAGCGAGAGCUGCAGGAGCUACAGCAACAUGUGCAGAUGCUCAUGGAAAAGAACCAGGCCAAGCAGCAGGUCAUCUGCAAGUUGUCUGAGAAGGUCACUCAGGACUUCAUGCAGCAUCCCGAGCCUCCAGAGUCUCUGAGCCAGCAGGAGCUGAUAGAGCACCUGAAGGAUGACAUGGACGCGUACCGAACCCAGAACCGCUUUCUCAACUCAGAGAUACACCAAGUCACAAAGAUCUGGAGAACAGUGGCUGAAAAGGAGCGAGCCCUCCUGAUGAAGUGUGCCUACCUCCAAGCCAGAAACUGCCAGGUGGAGAGCAAAUAUCUGGCAGGACUGCGCCAGCUGCAGGCAGCACUGGGAAAUGAGCCACAGGAGCAUUCGGAGCUGCUAAGGCAGCUCAUCCAGGAAGCAUUGCAGUGGGAGGCUGGCGAAGCGCCAGUGGACAGCGUGGAACUGAGUCCCAUCAGUGAGUACGAUGAAUACGGAUUCCCCACAGUGCCUAACUAUGAGGUGGAGGACCUGAAGCUGCUGGCCAAGAUCCAGGCCCUGGAGGUACGCUCUCACCACCUGCUGGCCCACCAGGCCACGGAACAGCCACUGGAGGAACGCUGGGCUGCCCUGGGUGAGCUGGCCGCCUCCUCCGAGCUCAAGCAGCUGCUUCGGGAGGGUGUGCCCCGGGAGCAGCGACCACGAGUCUGGAGGUGGCUGGUCCACCGCCGAGUCCAGCACCUGCAAGGUCCUGGACGUUACCAGGAGCUGCUGGGUCGGGGCCAGGCCUGUGAGCACCCUGCAGCCCGACAGAUUGAGCUGGACCUGAAUCGGACCUUCCCCAGCAACAGACACUUCGCCUGUCCCACCUCUGGCUUCCCUGACAAGCUUCGACGUGUGCUGCUGGCCUUCUCCUGGCAAAAUCCCACCAUUGGCUACUGUCAGGGCCUAAACAGACUGGCCGCAAUCGCCCUGCUGGUCCUGGAAGAGGAGGAAAGUGCCUUCUGGUGCCUGGUGGCCAUCGUGGAGACCAUCCUGCCCGCUGACUACUAUAGCAAGACCCUGACGGCAUCACAGGUGGACCAGCGCGUGCUGCAGGACCUGCUCUCUGAGAAGCUGCCCAAACUGACAGCCCACCUGGUACAGCACCGCGUGGACCUGUCUGUCAUCACCUUUAAUUGGUUCUUGGUAGUCUUUGCUGACAGCCUCAUCAGUGACAUCCUCCUGAGGGUCUGGGAUGCCUUCCUGUAUGAGGGCACAAAGGUGGUGUUCCGCUAUGCUCUGGCCAUCUUCAAAUACAACGAGCAGGAGAUCCUGCGGCUACAGGACAGCCUAGAGAUCUACCAGUACCUGCGCCUCUUCACCAAGACCAUCUGUGACAGCCGGAGGCUGAUGGGUAUCGCUUUCAACGACAUGAACCCCUUCCCUAUGAGGCAGCUGCGGCAGAUGCGGGCAGCCCACCGGGAACGGCUGGAGGCUGAGCUACGGGAGCUGGAGCGCUUCAAGGCCGAGUACUUGGAGGCACACUCAUGCCGGGGUCCGGCACUGCCUGAAGGAUGUGCCAGCGAGGAUGAAGGGGAGGGAGAGGCUUGAUACUGAAGGGGGCCUCACCAUCCCACACCUGUCUUCUGAGGCUGCCCAGGUGCAGCCAAGUCCUGUGACCUGGUGCCCCUGAGAAGUGCCUUCCCCAUCCUGGGCUGGUGGUACCUGGUCUGCCAUACAGCCAGUGAUGGGCUUUUGCCUCUCCUGUCACCAGCACACCCCCAGGGAUGCCACCUCACUUUAGCACUUUAGCCCCUCAGACAGGUGCCCUCGAGAGGGCAGGCUGUGGAGCAUGAUCUUGGUAGCCAGGGGUGCCCUGCUGGGACAUCUCCAGCUGCUGCUUCUCUGGGCACCAUGCAGGG